AUGUCCGUCGAGGGCCGUUGUUCGCCGUUCUGCGGGAUCGGCUCCUCGUCGCCUGACAAAGGGAAGGCGCGCGCGAGAUCAAGGUCAGGCGAGCGUGAUUGGGACCGCAGAGAGAAGGAGAAGGAGCGGGAACGAGAACGAGAACGAGACCGGGAGAAGGAGCUCAUCACCCAUCCACGACGCGUCGGCUCCCCGAUGCAACGCAUGCGCGAGUCCACCUCGGCGGUCGUCGUCUCGGCGGUCCCGAUGGAGAAGUCUUCCAGCAACCGCAGUGCAGGGUCCAAGCGGAGUGCGGUGAGGGAGCAUAACGGGCAUCCUCGGUUUGCAGUCGAAGCCCUUGCGGCGCGCACAAAUCGCACGAAGCACGGCAGCUUUGACUUUGAGCGGCCGAUCUCCUCUGGCACGGCGGCCGGUGUCGGCAUGAGUUUCAAGAGCGCACUGCGGAACAUGGGCAUCGUCAGCGAGCCAGAACGCCAACAUCUCCAGAGGAGUAGCAGCACGCGAGCGGUCCCCGGGAGAAGAGAAACGACGGACGAGUCGAGUAACGGCUUCGCACAUCCCAGCUCGCGCGUUCUCGCAGACAAGGGGAGGAAGUCUGUCUCGGACAGCCACCCCACUCACACCUCUUCCAGACGACGUGAAUUCGACCCCUCUGCAUCGACCCCUGCACACCCUACCUCUCAUCCUCAUCAUGGCUCGCAUCCAACUUCCUCUCAUCCACACCACAGUUCCCGCUCCACGUCCUCACAUCCUCACCACGCAUCACGCUCCGAUUCCCGUCACCACGGCUCGCACCACGACUCUCAUCCUUCUCGUGGAAACGGCACCAGCGAUCCCCAAUACCUGACCAGCGGCCAGCAUCGUCUGGACGGCAUACCAGGGUCGCCGCUCUCGUCCACCUCCGGUCACUCCGGGGAAACCCGAGACGGUAGCUGGAGCCGCAACGGAGGGAAGCGCACCGCAGGACGCGCGUUUCAUGCCCACGGUGCCUUCAACUUCGAGCCGGCCGUCCCGCCCAUACCCCGCUCCCCCACCAAUCGCGACCGUCGAUCUCCCAUUCCACCGCGCAGCGUCUCGCGUCCGACCUCGCCCUCCCCCCAUUCGCCUUCGGAGACCACCAUGUCGCGGUCGCAGAAGGCGCGUGUGGAUGGCAAGGGCCGGUCGCUUGAUCUCGGGCUCGGGCUGACGUGGGCUCCGUCCAAGAUGCGCGAGGACGCGCUGCUGCGGGUGGGUCCCCGGACCGGCACGCACGCGAACACGACAGGGGCGAUGAGGGCGCGGUCAAGGUGGGGAACGGCGGAUGAGCAAGGACGACUGAUGCCGAUGGGAGUCGCCUCGGAUGUCGCGGACGCGUUCAAGGAGGUGCUAGGGGACUCGGGAUUCUCGAUCUUCAAAACAUACGUGCAUCGCUUCGACGUGAAUGCGAUCCCGCUGGACGGGCCGCUGGGUCUGCUCGGACACGUGGAACGGCUGCUCGACAACGCCGGUGUGGAGCACCGCCGGAAGCGGAUCCUCCUCGAGCGGCUCGCGCGCGUCGUGCGGGAGGCGGAGGGCGUUGCCUGA